UGGUAUUGUCACCACAGCGUUGUGGUUAGAUGCAAAUGGCGUGUUGUUAUGUGUGUUUGUUAAUAUAUAUUUAGCGCAGAAAGAACAACUGUGACUUGAUAUACCGUAGAUAUAAAGCGAAGGUAUUGAGAAAAAACGGAAGUCAGAUAAACACCAGUGGUUUUAUAGUCGCCAACAGUGACAGAGAAAUUCAUUAUGUAGAAUUAUACAUCCUGAUGUUACGGACAUCGCUUCUGGACUCGGAUUAUUAAAAGGAAAACAUGAUGGCCGAGACGUCUCUGAAAGGCCAUCAGGGAACCGUGAUAGCCGACGACUUCACUAGCACGACCUCUGGCGGCGAGACGGCCACUGCGCGCCAACUGGAAGUUGAAUCCGGCCAUGAGCGCCUUUUGAGACACACCCAGUCCAAAGAGGGACGGACGAUACAACAUCACCGGCCCACCCGCCCGCCACACUACCUCGCCCUGGCUAUACUGGUCACUUUCAUCAACCCUCUGUUCGGAAUCUCCGCGGUCACUUGUUCACUGCUGUCACGGCAUUAUCGGAAGGGGAACCUGGGGAGCGCGGCCCGCCGCUUGGGAAACAUCUCCAAGUGGAUGAGCAUCCUGGGCGCUGCUUCCGCCGUCGUAAUUGCCGGCUACCUUAUCCUGUACUUCGUGUAUAUUGACAAGAACAUUGUGGACACCCAUCAGGAGCUUGAAGGACACGUUUGACUGUGCGACUUCCGUGGAUAAUGGUGCUUGUGUUUUAAGUGUACGCUUUUUCGAAUAUGAACACUGGUGCUUAUUGCAACAAUUCCUGUUAGAACAUCCAAACAAAACAUAAUUAUUAAACAGCAAAUACUC